AUGACGGCCUUUCAUGGCACGAGGCUCGGUCACAGCAUCCGAUCUGGACGAAAUAUCGGCGAGACUAGCAAUAAUGAUGGCAGGGUAGAUGUGAACAACGACGACGCGCGGCAGAUCGCCGAUCGUGAAGGGCAGGAGCGGGCAGUGGAACAAGACGACGAGGAGGAAGACGACUAUGAGAAGGAUCAGGACGAAGAUCAAGAUCAAGAUGAUGAAGAUGAAGAAGAGGAUGAGGAUGAGGAUGGCGACGAUGAUGAGGAGGACGACGAAGAGGAGGAAGAAGAUGGCGUCGCAGAGGAAGAAGAAGACGAGUCUCCUUUCCGAUUCCUGGAAGGAUUCGACGCCAACUGGUUCACGGGAAAGUCUCUAGCUGCAGAACCAAGAUCAACAUCCUACAACGAUCCAUCUGGUAGCAAUCGUCGCUCACCGACAGACAGUGCGGACGAUGCCGAGUUCUACGGCGCCAUGAUUCAGAUGCUCACGCACGUGUUGGGAUCGUCGGAUUCCAUCACGUGGCCAAAUCAAGCCACUCCAGGAUCGCAGCUUGCACCCUCACCCUUUGCUCCUCCCUACAGCAGCCCAGCGCAUACGCCGAGCUAUACGACUCCAUCAUUUCCGGUCACUUCGAGGUCGGCCAUCGGCAGCAAUGGCGCAAGCAGCAGCGGCAGCAACAAGAACAAGGGGAGCAAGUCUGAGCUCUCGGUGCUUCAACCAAUGAUCCAGGCCCUCAUCGCCCGUCUUGGGAAGGACUAUCAGCUUCCGCGCCGACCGGUGGGCGAGCAAGACCUCACUGCGUUGUUGCAAACCCUGAUGAUCCAGCAGCAGCAGCGUCAGCAAGAUCAGCAAGCGAACAAAGGGGCCAAGCCUCGACCGACCACUUCGCUCGCCGAUUCAAAGUACGAUCUUGCCAGGCAAGGCUCAAUAGCACAGAUGCCUCCCGGACUUACUCCUCAACCAUUUACCGGCGCGGAUUCCUCGUACGACCUCUCUACCAGCCAAAGACCGCAACCACUCCACUUUGCCGACCUUGACUUCGAAGAUGAGGAUGAAGACGAUCCCGAUUUCAACCCUGAUCUGAACCCGGAUCUUCCGCUGCCUUCCGCUUGGUCACUGGCGGUGCGGGAUGUGGUAGCAUCCGAGGAGUCUCGAGCCGCUGCUGCGGCCGCAGCUGUUGCCGCUUCCCAAUCCGGCACACCGUCUGGCGCCCAAACACCAGCAGAUAUGCUUCGACCCGACUCGUACAAAGCAGCCAAUGCGCAAGCGACUUCAGAUGGCCGCUCAGCGAUGCCCUCGCCGCUGGGAGACGCCGAGGGACGUCGAUCGUCGUUUGAACUACCCUCUGCACGACCUUCCAGGUACAACUCCUUUGCACAAGCUUCGACCUCGGCAACAUCAGCAUCUGCAUUUGCGCCUCCUUCGCAUUCGACCCCGACCCAACGCGAUGUUCGGCAGACUUCAACGCGACAGGUUACCCCUCCUCUCUCUUCGACUUUGGCUGGCGUACAAGCAGACGACGCUCCAAGGGCCUCAGAUCUGUUGUUCUCACCAUCAGGGAGACCGAUUAGAGCGUCUCGCAAACGGCCAGGCUCUCCAUCAUUCGCGUCUCAGUCGAGACAGUCGCGGGCUGAUGUGGCAGCGCCCCUUGCAGCGUCUCGACGCGAAGAAACUGCCGCCGCAGAGCAGGGUCCGCCUCGUAAGAGAGGUAGAAAGCCGGUGCUUGAGCCAGGUGAAGCACAGCGUCGUCGUGCACAACGCAAUGUCGAGUACCAGCGCAUGCGACGCCAGGUGAAAAAGGCGGAGGAGUCCGAGCAGAGCGAAACUGUGCUCGAGCUCAAAGCAGAAGUCAAGAUGCUUCGUGCGGAAAUGGAGAGGCUGCGGGACGAGAAUGCGAUGCUGCGCGCACAACGGGAGCUCGACCGGUUACAGCGCUCGAAUCACGGCUGA